AUGGCCUGGGUGAAUGCCUUCGAGCGCCGGCCUUUGCGGCAGCUGUUGGAUCAGCACCGUGAGGCGAUCGAUGCCAUGCGGCAGGAGCUGGGUGACAGCCCUUUCGACGACACCUCCCUGCUGCGCUAUGCCUUAAGCUACGGCCAACGUCCACACGAAGCGGUGGAAGCAGCGCGCAAGGCCUUGGCUUGGCGCCAGGAGCACAGGGGCUUGGUGGAAGCCGCCCGUGAACGAAAAGCCCCUCCUGGCUUAAGCACUUCGGAGCUUUGCACCCUGCAGACUUUGCUUCUGACUGCCUUCCAUGGAACCACGGCUUUUGGAGAUCCGCGCCUUGGCAUUGCUCACGGAGUAGGAACCCGAUUUGUUUCGUCGGCGUAG